GCUUGAACGGGACGUGGUGACUUAGAACUCGAUGAUUGGAGGCCUGACACGGAACGGGCGGUUCCACGACGCGCUCGCAUCUUUCCGAGAAAUGCUGGGUUCGAAUGUCGAGCCUGAUGGUUUCACGUUUGCGUCUCUUUUCACCAGUUGCGCGCGGGUCGGGUUUCUAAGUCACGCAUUGUGGGCGCACGGGUUGAUGAUCGAGGAAAAGAUUGAACCGCACUUUAUAUUGAAUGCAGCCCUUAUUGACAUGUAUGCAAGAUGUGGCAAGAUCCAAACUGCUCGAGAAAUUUUCGACAGCAUUCAUCGAGACGAUGUAUCGGUUUGGAAUUCAAUGAUUAAUGGGCUGGCCAUUCAUGGCGUUGCCCAUGAUGCUAUUACAGUUUUCUCCGAGAUGGAACGGGAAAAAGUCUCACCCGAUUCUAUAACUUUUGUUGGUAUAUUGACAGCCUGUAGCCGUUGUGGGUUGGUUGAGGAAGGGCGCAAGUAUUUUGAUUCAAUGAGGAGCCAUUACUCCAUUCAGCCCGAAAUACAGCAUUAUGGUGCCAUGGUUGAUCUGUUGGCUCGAGCGGGAUCAGUGGACGAGGCCUAUGCUAUGAUUAAGGAAAUGCCCAUGAAACCAGAUGCUGCAAUGUGGAGGACUCUCCUCAGUUCUUGCAGGGUCUUUAAAAGGUCGCGACUCGGUGAAGUUGCCGUUGCAAAUAUUCCGCGUCGCGAAAGUGGGGAUUAUGUCUUGCUCUCAAACACCUACUGCUCUUUAACUAGGUGGGAUAGUGCGGAAAAAAUGAGAAAUUCGAUGAAAAGGAAAGGAGUUGGUAAAAAUUGUGGAAAGAGUUGGAUUGAGUAUGCAUGUGAGAUUCACCAAUUCAGAUCGGGUGAUAGGUCGCACAGGGAAACAGAAGCGAUGUACGAAGUUUUGGAUGACCUUAUUAAAAGAACUAAAAUGGCGGGCUUCGUGCCUUCAAUGGAGUUGGUUCUGAUGGACGUUGCUGAUGAAGAGAAGGAGGAGAAUUUGAACUUUCACAGUGAAAAACUGGCGGUGGCAUAUGGGGUCUUGAAAUCUAGUCCGGGGAGCGAGAUCAUGGUGUUGAAGAACCUUAGGAUCUACUAGGAUUGUCAUUGCUGGAUAAAAUUGGUUUCAAGGGUAUUGAGCAGAACGAUAGUCGUGAGAGACCGACUCCGGUUUCACCGAUUUGAAGGUGGCUUGUGUUCGUGCAACGACUAUUGGUAGCCUACACAUGGUUGCUUCCUUUUAGCCUUCGGCGCUACUAACCAUACCAGAUACCUUUUAUGCGAAGGUAGCUAUCAGGCGGUUCUGCUAGAUUAUCAUUUAUCAUUUAUCAUUUAGAAGGGAUUGCACUAAUUACAAGCUAGUAUUACCCGUUCGAUUGUUUUUAACAUUUGAGAGAAGGGUUGGUUACAUAUAGAGAUUUCUAUGAGAAUAUGAGAUUAGGAGCUAAUGUACUUGUGUUCCAGAACCAGCCUUGACAACAGCGAGGAGAGGAACCAUUUGGAGGUGAUAAUCAAUUUCAGACCAUGGUCAACACGCUCCUUUUAUUGUUUUUCUAAUUUCAGCAUGCUCCUUGAUCAAGUAAGUUGUCGAAAAACUUAUCACCGAAUAGAGACUCGACUCGCUGCUCUUUGUUUCCCUCUCACCAAUUUACUGUUCCUCUA